CGAUUUUCAAAUGUUUGCUAAAUAAUUUGAUUGAAGCCACCGCAGGAUAUCUAAUGAAAGUGCUGAUCACGUGCCCGCUACGAGAGCUAUUUACUCAGUGCAAUAAAAUCGCAACCAAGGACGGGGGAAAACCGCAAGCCAGACAGACAUUUUCUCCCACUUUACAAGCGCCUAGAGAGACGCCGAAUAUUCCGCAACACCGCAAGAGGGACAGAGUCUUCCGCAAAGAAACAUGAAAUGGGCAUUGUUGCACUGAGGUCAUUUAGAAACUGAAACAAUUCAAUAUUAACACGUAAUAUCGAAAGAGAGAGCUUGUUCCUUGAGUCUUGAGCUUAGGGCAGGGCGAAGAGGUGGCCGAGGCCGAGGCAACUCCGCAGCACGAGCGACAGGCGACGACCGGCGACGAUACAAUGCCCUCGGCCAUUAGCGGCGCUCCGCACGGCCAAGUGCACAUACCCAGCAACGAGGAGUGCGGCAUCCGAGACGUGUGGAAACAUAACCUGGAGGAGGAGUUUCGCACCAUACGCAAGGUCGUGCAGAAAUAUCAUUAUGUGGCCAUGGACACAGAGUUUCCCGGCGUAGUGGCGCGACCCGUUGGCGAGUUUCGAUCCACCGCCGACUAUCACUAUCAGUUGCUGCGCUGCAAUGUGGAUCUGCUGAGGAUCAUUCAGCUGGGUCUGACCUUUAUGGACGAUGAUGGCAAGACGCCUCCAGGAUACUCCACGUGGCAGUUCAAUUUCAAAUUCAAUCUAAGUGAGGACAUGUAUGCCCAGGACUCGAUCGAUUUGCUGCAAAACUCUGGAAUACAGUUCAAGAAGCACGAGGAGGACGGCAUCGAUCCAAUUGAAUUUGCCGAGCUGCUCAUGAGCUCGGGCAUUGUGCUGGUAGACAACAUCAAGUGGCUGUGCUUUCACUCUGGCUACGAUUUCGGCUACCUGCUCAAGCUGCUCACUGACCAGAAUCUGCCCUGCGACGAGGCUGACUUCUUCGAGCUGCUGCACAUCUACUUCCCCAACAUCUUUGACAUCAAAUAUCUGAUGAAGUCGUGCAAGAAUCUAAAGGGAGGCCUUCAGGAAGUGGCCGAUCAGCUGGAACUGCGUCGGGUCGGACCCCAACAUCAGGCUGGCUCUGAUGCCCUGCUCACUGGCAUGGCAUUCUUCAAAAUGCGUGAGAUGUUCUUUGAAGACAAUAUCGACCAUGCCAAGUAUUCAGGACAUCUGUACGGCCUGGGCACCUCGUUCAUCGUGAACGGCAACAACUUCCACGAGAGCAAUGGCGAGACGAGCAGUGCCUCAUGAUUUAUACUGAUGGGCAAUGCUGUUGUGCCUGAUAAAAAGCCAGUCGAACCAGAAGGAGCCGGAGAAGAUGCCGCACCGGAAUCACCACCACUCAAGGACACUCGGACAACCGAACCCACUUUAACAGCACCGCAAUAAUCACCUCCUCCUCUCCCAAAAAAAAAAAACCUCCCCAUAAAACAGACCAUCAAAACAGCUUUUGCACUUUCCAUUUAUAAUAUUCCCGUUCCCCGUCAAACACAAAUUUGCUGUUCAUUUAAAGAAAAACAAAUACCAAACCAAACAAAAAAGAAACCACUGGCAUAAACAAAUUUUCAAUCUAAAAGGGAAAUAGAAAAAAACGUCAAACUGAAAUAGAAAUAUAAUCAAUUUCUGCAUGUCUAAAUGUGUUACGAAUACAAAACUAAGAUAACUAAGCUAAUAUUGUAAGCCAAAAGGCCACAUAGAGUGUCGUGUCUUUGUAUAAAACAAAACAAAAAACAAUAUAUUUAAACAUUUUUAAAUUAAUAUAA